AUGGAGGCAACAGCGUUGAGUUUAGCCAAGCUCGCCCUCGACACGCUGUUGCCGGUGGCCAAGAACGCCCUCGCCGAUGAGGCAAUGCUCCUGCUCGGCGUCCACGAGGAGGUGUCCUUCAUCACCAACGAGCUGGAGAUGAUGCAGGCCUUCCUGCGGGUGGCUGGCGCCGAUCACCGGGCGAACAACGAGGUCGUCAAGAUAUGGGUGAAGCAGGUCCGCGACUUGGCGUACGACGUCGAGGAUUGUCUCCAGGAGUACCUCGCCCUCGACCUCGGCGCUGUGGGAUGCGACUUGCCGCCGUUCGCACGGUGCCUCAGGGCGUGUGCAGUAACGGCGGCCGGCCGGCUGAGAACUCAGCACCACAUCGCUGUCCGGAUAAGACAAAUGAAAGGCAGGGUCGAGGAAGUGAGCAAAAGAAACCUCCGGUACAAUAUCGUCGUCCAGCCGGUUGACCCUACUGCCAACCCCGACAUCAUCGAGCACCUGGCACUCGAUCCCGUGAAAUUCGCUGCCGACAUCGCCACCGAGGAGUCGCAGCUCGUAGGACGCGACCAGUCUAGAGCGGAGCUGGUUGACCGGCUAGUGGGCUUGCCGAGCAGCGCACCGCUCCAGGUGCUCCCCGUGUGGGGCAUGGGCGGCGUGGGCAAGACGGUGUUCGCCAGGGACGUCCUAAAAAGCCCGAAACUCGGGCAGGCGUUCCAUCUCAGAGCUUGGGUCACCGUGCAGCACCCCUUUGUCAUGGCUGAGUUCCUCUCAAGCUUGGCAAGCCAGCUGGAAAUGGAGGCGUCACGCUCAUUGCUGGCCGCGCAGCCGCCGGCGCUAGCACGAGCCACGGUCGUGAGGCAGCGCGGGGCAGCCAACGCUCUACCCGCUGAAGUGGUGCGGCACCUUGGUGGCAGGAGGUACGCCAUUGUCGUCGACGACGUGUCGACCAUUUCGGAGUGGGAGCAGAUCAAGAAGUUUUUUCUGGACAGGAACAUGGGGAGCUGGAUCAUUGUCACGACGAGGGACGAGGAUGUCGCCAUUCACUGUUCAACGUCGUCCAGACAUGUGUACCCGCUCAACUCUCUCUCUCACAAGGAGUCUUUCCAACUCCUCUGCAAGAAGGCACAAAUGAACGACGGGCAAUUGAUGGCGGAGCUAAUGGAGAAGGCGGAUCCCAUCCUCCAGAGAUGUUGCGGGCUGCCUCUUGCGAUCGCCGCUGUUGGAAAGCUACUGUCCACCAAGAUGAAGACGCCAGUGGAGUGGAAGAAGCUGCAUGACCACCUCGGGUCAGAGCUGAAGGGCAAUCCGGGCCUAGAAGAGAUAAAGAACGUCCUCACAUCCAGCUACGAUGGGCUGCCGUACCACCUCAAGUCAUGCUUCCUCUACCUCAGCAUCUUCCCCAAGUACCGGGAGCUUCGCCAAACCCGGGUGUCAUGGCGAUGGAUGGCCGAGGGGCUCGUGCAGGAGAGCUCAGGCAAGGACCCCGGCCGAGCCCGAGGACAUCGGGGAUAA